UUUGCUUUUUAAAAGAGGCUGGUAUUAUGUACCAGCACGACGCACCGCACCCUGUGCUUUGUUAAGUUCCGGCGACCCCUCUUUGAUUCAUGCGGGGUAUCUCAUGGCAUUCGCAUUCGCUUGCUGUGAUGUCGGAACUGCUGCAGCCCAUUUAAAGUAUCUAAGGUCCCACCCAAUUCGACACUUGCGAGUUCCUUCUUCCUCAAAAAACUUCCUCUUAACCACAAGAUCAUAGCAAAACAGCAAAACGGCAAAAUAGCAAAAUUCAAACACAACAAACUUUGAACACUUUCUCAUCAAUCAGAAAUCACCUCAAUUAUGUCUGGAAAGGGUACUUCUGGCUCCAGUGGCUCUGGCGGUUCGUCUAGGUCUGGUAACUCUCUGGGUAGCCCAUAUACUGUCAAUAGCAGUGGUACCAACAGCCGAGGCAACAGCUAUGACAACCGCUCCACUCCCUCUGGUCAAGCUUAUCACUACAGCAAUAGCGACGGUUCUUACUACUAUGCCAAUGGUAAUGGCUCCACCUAUCACAACGGCAGCAGCGGUUCUACCUAUACUGCUCCCGACGGUACUUCAUACAAGAAGUAAGCUAGAAGCUCUUGCUUCCGGCUACUCGGUGGGCAUUCAUACGAUGGGUGUUGGUUUGUGCGGGUCAGUUUCAGAUAGAUAACCGGUGGGCUUUUUGAAGGAUAGAAUGGGUUAUCAGGAUUCAUAUCUCGAUUGUUUUCGGGAUAUGAUCAUUCAGCUUUGCAAUCGAAUUGACCUGACUUUGCUUCUGAGAA